GUCGUAUUUUGGAAUUUCAUCUUCUCUUAGUUCUUGUCUUCAAAUUGUUAUUGAAUUUUGAUUGCUAUACAUUUUACUUGGAUGGCAGAGAUGCUGGAAUCUUGAAUUGGUUUCUUUCUUUUUUUCUUAUCGAUUUUGAUGAGCUUUACUAGCUUCCUCAAUCAUGCGUCUGUGAACGUUUUUUCUGUGAUGUUGACAUUCUUCAUGUCAGGGGAAAGAUUGUUUGGAAUCUUAUUAUGAAUGCAUGAAAACUCAAUUUCGAACAUAUUUCUUGAAUUUCAUCUUCUCUUUUGUCUAAAUUGUUAUAGAAUUUCCAAUUUGUUACAUCGUAACUGGAUUAGAUGCUUGAAUCUUGAAAUAUCUUUUUAUUGAUUAAGAUAAAAUGUCAAGAUGUCCAACAAGCUUCUCAAUACUGCUUCCGUGAAAUUUCUUGUGCGCAUCAAGAUUUGUACAUCGUACUUGGGUAACAUAGAUGCUUCUCAAAAUAUUGCUUCCAUGAAAGAUAUUUUUAUUGAUUAAAUGCGGCUUACAAGCUCUUCAGUUGGAACACUUGGCUUCCUUAUGUCAGGCAAACUCAAAUAUCCGGAAGAAGGUUGAUGUUCUUAAUGGGCAUGAAAAUGGAGAUUCUUAUUCCAAGUGCAAUUUGCGCAUGAGUCUUGCCUGGGAUAGCGCCUUUUUUACGAGCCCAGGAGUACUGGAACCCGAGGAAUUAUUUACGGCCUUGAAUUCAAGGAAUUAUGAUGAUGUGGUUAACAUACUGGGGAACGAGGAACACCUUCUAUUAUCGUCUCAAUCACUAGAACCAGACACUAAUAACAAAGCUGAAAAUUACAACUACCGUAAGAGCUUAGCUUGGGAUAAUGGAUUUUUCACUAGCGAAGGAGUUUUGAACCCUCUAGAGUUGGCCAUUGUUAACAACGGUUUAAAGAAGCCUGAAAGCCAUCUAGUUUCCGUUAUUGAGGAUGAAGUUUGGAGGUCUGUGGAGUCCAACAAUGCCUGUGAUAGUGAAGGUUCCUCGUUAAGUCGACUUGAGAUGGAUCUUUUUGAAGACAUUAGAGCAUCUAUCCCCAAACCAAUUUCUUCAAGGUUUGAACCGGGAAGACCAGCUUCAGCCGAUCCGAGGGAUUCUCGAACUAUGAUGAAGGCCAUGCCAACUUGCAGAAAGCAGAGUAUUAAUAAGCAUGGAUCAAAGAAGAUUAUUAAAGAGAUACCAAAAUCCCCAAGAAUGGAGUUGAAACAUAUGGGUGAAAGUAGGGAACAUUACUCAUCUUCAUCCCUCAAACCAUUCAAGACCUCAAAGCAGAUUUCAAAAAAUUCAACCAAGAUUGCUUCCUCGGAUGAAAAGCAUGUCAAACUUGGAUGCAGGUCUGCAGUUUCGGUUUCAGCAGAAAGUUUGGGGAAGUUGAAGAAACCAUGUUUAAGGCAGUCGUUAAAUUCCAUCCAUAACUCAACUCAGUCAAUUAGAUCACCUCUAUCACACAGUACAACAUCGAAUGCCAGUCGCCGCCCUCCGUCUGAGAUAACCAUUCGAAAAUCACCCCCAACUUUUAGAAGAAGAGUUAACUCCCGAGGUUCGAAUAUACUUGUCGUCGGUGCAUCAUCAACAACUCCAUUGAUGAAGACGAAGGCAAGCAAGACAGAAGUGGGAAGUUAUUGCCAGGCCACCACACCACCAUCCUCGUGGUAUGGAUCACCAUCACCAGCAAGCUCAAUUGAUGAAUGGCAAUUGGAGUUGUCAUCAACCUCUGCAACUCAAAGAAUUAAUAGAAGCAAGGGUAGUCCAUAUUCCAAUCUUCGAAGUUCUCUAAAAGAGAACAAGAAUCAAGAAUCGAUAGUAAAUCGACGACAACAAAAAGGCCAUAAAGAAGAUGGCAAUGCUGAUACAUCAAGUAUAUUGAGAGAAGUAAAACCGUCAGGCCUGAGAAUGCCAUCACCAAAACUCGAUUAUUUUUAUGCGGAAAAUACGUUGGAGUUGGCUACUGAUGCUGAUGCCAAGCGGGAUGUUGGUGCACAUCAUACUCGACAUACUAAGCUUCAUUCUCCUAUGACUCGACCAAGUACCGCUAUUCGGAAUCGUAAAAAUGGAGCAACACCUGUGUCUAUCUCAACCACAAAAAGUAAAAGAAGUCCAAGAGUGAAGACAUAUAACAAGAUAGUCCAGUGUAAUCAAUCUACGAAGAUCGUCUCAAAGUACAACGAGUUAGAUGACAACAAGGAAAAUGAGUUUUGUUCAGUUGAUCAUCAAAUUGAGGGCUUAGCAAACCAGGUAAACUCCAUUGCUCUAAACUGUGAUGGAGUUCUUCGUCCAAGUAAUAGACAGAAUUAGAAUGUUUUAAUAGUCAUUUUGAUUGACAAAGCUAAAAUCAAAACGACUAGAAAACUUUCUUUUUAUUAUUUUUGCAAUAAUAAUCUAAAUUCAAUUUUUGAUGGGAGAAAA